AUGGCUCGCGACAAGUUCGCAAAGCAGUCGCUCGGCGCCUCGCUCCAUGCCCACAUCAAAGAGUCGCGCGUCCUCAUGGUUGGUGCAGGCGGCAUUGGCUGCGAGCUGCUCAAGAACCUCGUCCUCACCGGAUUCGGCAACAUCCACAUCGUCGAUCUCGACACCAUCGACCUCUCCAACCUCAACCGCCAGUUUCUGUUCAGGCAUGAGCACAUCAAGAAAUCCAAGGCCCUGGUCGCGAAGGAAUCGGCCGGAAAGUUCAACCCCAACGUCAAUAUUGAGGCGCACCAUGCCAACGUCAAGGACCCGCAAUUCAACGUCGAUUGGUUCAAAGGCUUCAGUCUCGUCUUCAACGCGCUUGACAACCUUGAUGCCCGCCGCCAUGUCAAUAAGAUGUGCCUUGCGGCUGACGUUCCUCUGAUCGAGAGUGGUACCACCGGCUUCAACGGCCAGGUUCAGGUCAUCAAGAAGGGCAAAACCGAGUGCUACGACUGCAACGUCAAAGAGACGCCCAAGAGCUUCCCCGUCUGCACCAUCCGCAGCACGCCUAGCCAGCCCAUUCAUUGCAUUGUCUGGGCCAAGAGCUACCUAUUCACAGAGAUAUUCGGCAUCAGCGAGGAUGACGCCCCGGAGCUGGACCACACGGAGGAUUCGGAGAACAGGGAGGAGAUUGAGAACUUGCGUAAGGAAGCGCAAGCCUUGAAGUCGAUCCGCCAGUCGAUGGGCUCUGAGAGCUUCCCCCGAAAGGUGUUCGAGAAGGUGUUCAAAGAGGACAUCGAACGGCUACUUUCGAUGAAGGAAAUGUGGGCACACAGGCGGGCCCCGGAGCCCCUCGACUGGGAGAAGAUCUCGCAGCACGCGCGCGGCGCCGGUUCCGACAUCGCACGAAGCGACCAGGCGAUUUGGACGGUAGGAGAGAACUUUGCCGUGUUUAACGACAGCAUACGCCGCCUUAGCGCCCGGCUCGAAGAGCUGAAGGCUAACACCGACACUGGCAACGCCCCUCCUGUUUUGAGCUUCGACAAGGAUGAUGUGGACACGCUCGACUUCGUCGCAGCAGCUGCAAACCUCCGCUCCUGCAUCUUCGGCAUCGAGACUAGAUCCAAGUUCGAUAUUAAACAAAUGGCUGGCAACAUCAUCCCUGCUAUCGCAACUACCAACGCUAUGACGGCGGGUCUCUGCGUGCUCCAGGCCUUCAAGGUCAUGCGCGAUGACUACGACAAGGCCAGGAUGGUAUUCCUCACCCGCUCGACCGACCGCGUGCUUACGGCGGAGAACCUUCACCCACCCAAGCCGGAAUGCCCGGUUUGCAGCGUCGCACAGACUAAGCUUGUUGUCGACACCUCACGCGCCACCUUAAAGGAUCUUGUGGAGGACUUCUUGCGUUUGGAGCUCGGCUACGGUGAAGAGUUCAGCGUCAACAGCGAUGCCGGCGUCAUCUACGACCCUGAGUUGGACGACAACUUGCCCAAGAAGUUCAGUGAGAUUGGUCUGAAGGCUGACAGCUUCGUUACCGUUAUCGACGAGGAGGACGAGAACCCCCGUGUGAAUCUCGUCCUCUCGAUCACUGAGCAGGCCCUCCCUGAGGACGCAAAGCCGAUUCAUCUUCCCGAGAAGCUGGAAAUCCCGUACAAGCCCAAAACCGCCCAUGGGGAGCCGAGUGAGCUUAACGGAAAUGGCGCCGUUGUCACUAACGGCGUUGAUGGCCAACGCAAGCGUACUGCCGAGACUGCCGGUCUUGAAGAAGAUGAGAAAUUGCGCAAGCGCGGCAAGGUUGCAGAGGAGCCAUCGGCUGGCCAGAAGUCCGGAGGACCGGACGAUGUCAUCGUGAUAGACGACAACGCGCCGAUCACGAUUGACGACUGA